AUGCUCAAUUAUUUUAUAUUUAAAAAAAUCAUUCCAUAUUUAAUUUAUAAAAAACCAUUUAUAGAGAUAUUAAAUAUAAGUUUACUAUCAAAACAAUGCUUUACUUUUAUUCAAAAUAAUAUACCAUUUUAUACAGAAUUUGAAUACACCACAUUUUUGGACUCUAUUAUAAAAAAUCAUGAUCAAAUAAUUAGGGAUAAUAAUAAAUACAAAAGUUUACUCUUUCAAUAUAAUAAUUUUCAAAUAAUAAAAUUCAAUAAAAUACCAAUUUAUUUAAAUCUAGCUUCAUCAUAUCAGGAUCUAAAAAAAUAUUUUAAAGAACUUGAACAAGUUUUUUUUAAUGAUUAUUGCUACUCUGAUGAAGAAAAUAUUUCAAUUAAUGAAUAUGAUCCAACUUUUAAUAACUUUUUCUUUUUCAAAAAAAUUAUUAUUAAUUCAGAAGAUAAUGAAACAUUUGAUUUUUUUAAAAAAUUUAAUUUUGCAAAAGUGGUUAAAUUUCAAAAAAGUUACAAAGGUUCAAAUAAAAUUGAUGGGGUUAAUAUUUUAAAAUAUGAAUCAAUCGAAUCAAUUAAAUUUAAAGAUCUGAUAUCACCAUUUAGUUUUUUAAAAGAAGCUCUCAUUAGGCCAAAUCUGAAAAAGCUGACUAUAUUUAUUGAAAAAAAUGAUAAAGUAGAUUUUAAUGAAAUUUUUGAUGGUAUUUCAAGAGAAUCAUCAAAUAUAAGGAAACUAUUAUUAUUUUCUCCCUUUAAUCCCGAUUUUGUAUCGAAGGAGGAUGAAAUAAUUCAAAUUAAUAUUUUAUUCAACUUAUUAAAAUUAAACAAAUCAAUUAGAGAAUUUAGUCUUCCUUAUUUUCAAAGGAUCGAUGAUCCAAAAAUCUAUGAACCACUAAUAUCAAUUGGUAACAUAAAUACACUUCAUAUAGAUCUAUCUAUGAAAUGGAACUUACAAAUUUUUCAGCAUAUCCUAAUAAACCCAAAUAUUGUUCAAAUUUAUAUUUAUUUUAUAGGAUUAUAUUUUUUAGGAAAUAUAAUACAAUUUUUAGAAAUUUUAAGAAUAAAAAAAAAGAACUUAACAAUAGUUUUUAAACCUAAAAUUAAAAACGAUUCAAUCAACAUUUUAUAUAAACUCAAAGAUAAAUAUAAAAAUUUAGAAAUAAAAAUAAAAUAA